AUGGAUCCUACCGAGACCAGCCAGGGCCUCCACAUCCCUGACAGCGCUCAGUCCCAAAGGGAGGCAAGGGGUCUGGUGGGAGCCCAGGUCCCCAUAUCUGAGGCAGGGGAGGAGUCCACUGCCACUACCUCAGGGGGUGUGUCCAUUGGAGGAAUGCUGAGUUCUCCCCACAGUGCUCAGAGAGCCUCUUCUCCCACCGCCAUGGGCUUCAUUGCAGUGGCACCGUCUGCUCAGGCCUCUGGCAAUCAAGCUAGCCAUGUCGCUAACCCCGAGCCUCCACUGCAGAAUGGGCUCAAUAGCAAGAGUGUGGAUUUGGUUCUCUUCCUACUCCUCAAGUACAGGAGGAAGGAGAUAACGACUAGGGCAGAAAUUCUGCACAUGGUCAUCGGAGAUCAUGAGGCACACUAUUCCGUGAUCUUUACGAAGGCCGCUGACUGCAUGCGGCUGAUGUUUGGCCUUGAGAUAAUAGAAAAUAACCCCCUUGGGAACCCCCUUGUCCACUCCUACUCUCUUGUCCAUGCUCUUGGGAUCACCUAUGAUGGGAUGCAGCAUGGUUUCCCAGGCAUACCCAAGACAGGCCUGGUAAUAGUCAUACUGUGCAUCAUCUUCAUAGAGGACGACUGUGUCAGUGAGGAGGUGUUGUGGCGUAUAUUGAAUAGGAUGGGGCUCUAUGCUGGGAGGGAUCAUUUCUUGUGCGGGGAGCCCAGGAGACUCAUCACUGAACAUUUUGUGCAGGAAGGGUAUCUGGAGUACAGGCCGGUGCCAGAUAGUGAUCCUCUCAGCCAUGAGUUCCUGUGGGGCCCGAGAGCCCAUGCUGAAACCACCAAGGUGGAAGUCUUCAAGUUUUUUGCCAGAGUUGUUAAGCAGGAUCCCAUAUCGUACGUUUUCCCUAUGCAGAGAGAUGAGAUUGAGAGGUCUGAGGCCGCGAUCCCCCAAACAGUGGCACUCUUGCCCUGA